AUGGCCCAGGCUUCUGCAGACAUCGACGAGGCAGACCUUGAUCAGAGGAUCCUGCAGGCGCUGAAGAAUGCUGGCAGCCCUAUGAAGGCUGCCCAGCUGGCAAAGGAAUGCAAAGUGCCCAAGAGGAACAUCAACCAAGCUCUCUACCGGAUGAAGGAGAAGUUGCAAGUGCAUGACGCUGGCUCUGGGACGUGGUGCUUGAGAGAGGGUGGGGCUGGAGCACUGGUUCCCACAGCACCCGCCCAGCUCAGCCUUGGGCCGGUGCAGGUGCAGGAACAGAUCCGCAGACUACUGGCCGACCGGGGGCCCAUGAGGGCCGUGAGCAUCGCCCGGGCCCUGGGGAUGAACGCGUCCAGAGAGGUCAACCCAUACCUGUAUGGCAUGCAGAGAGACCACCUGCUGAACUUGGACAAGAAGUCAAACAACUGGGAAAUCUACCAGCCAGGGACUCCCAGGGGAGGGAGUCAGCCCUCCACCAUCCUUUACCAGCAAACCGCCGUCACCAUCUGCCAGAGCGGGCCGCACAGCCACAUCUCCAUCGGGAACUCCGAAGCCGUCCAGAUUGGACACGGGAACAGCAUCGUGAAGCACGUGGCCCCUGCGGAGAGCGGCUCCGCGGCUCCCCUCUGCCUCCCUCCACCGCCCGCAGCGAGUCCCCAUGCUCAGGAGCCCCCGGCUGGACCCUGGGGGCCGCAGAACAUCCACAUAGACAACUCUGUGCUCAGACGGGUGCAGCUGGGACACGGCAACGAGAUGACCCUGCUCGGCGCCCCGGCCACGGGCCCUGGCCCCAGCCCCAGCCCCCCAGUCUUUGCCGCCACUGCUGGCCCAGGAUCUUCGUUCGAAAUUCGAAUGCCCCCCCCAGGACCUCACCCCGAGGGGCAGGGCGACGCAGCCCAGAGAGAGGAGGAGGGCGACACGGCCCAGAGAGUCUUCAUCAAGUCCUGCCUCUUGGAGGAAUCCGCCAUCGGCAGCGGCAACAGCCUGAGAGUCCGCCCGUGGCCGGCCGGCCUCGGGGCAGGGGCAGCGCCAGGGGCCAGCCGCGGGCACCCAGGGCAGCCGGCCGAGGACGCAGCAUCCUGGCCCGGAGCUGCGGAGCCCGGAGGCACGUCCCUGGAGGGCGCUGGCCCUGCUGACCUCGACCUGUCCGCCUUCACCGCCCACCUGGAAGCCAUGACUCUUGGAAACCGGGACUCAGAGGCCCCAGAGGACAGCCUCUGA